AUGCGAAGCGAGCCCGAUUCAAUGCAGCAAGACGAUGGUGACGAAGCGCUUGAGGGGCAUCGCCCCAUGACGUGGGAGGAGUACAGGCUUCGCUACCUGUUAGAACGGGGCGUUUGGUGCCAAGAGCUGCGAGAGGGCGGCCAAAACGAUCGGAGUUCCCCAUCGAUGCCACCCACCGGAGCCCCGUUCACCCGCGAACGACCGUCCCCACGGGGGCAACCACAACUGCAAGAACCACAGCAACAACGGCAAGUGCGACAACUUAUACCCCCACUGCCAGCACUAGUGGACUUUUUGAGACGCUUUCAUCCGAACCGUGACAUGUUGAUUGAAUCUCUGCGAGUGUUUGGGCGGCUGCUUCUGGCAACCUUUCUUGUUUACAGAUCGGUGACGCCAUACAAUGUUGCAAUGAUACUUGGUAUCUAUGUUGUAUUGCUCGGAAUUAAGUUUGUUCUGACUUCGAUUCGUGUUGAGCGUGAGGAGAUGGACGGCCCGCACGGCGCUGCACCCGCACCAGCGGUGGUCCACAAUGCAGCGGUGCCCCAUCACCACCACCACCAUCACCGCGUCUCCCCCGUUCGAAAGGCAGUGUAUAUAGUAACACGUUGCAUAACCUCUUUCCUGUUGAGCUUGUCACCAACAUACUCGGUGGAGAAGCUGGAGGCGGAGUUGGUUGAAGAUGGCAUCGUUGUACCGCACUUGCACCAGGAUUAG